CUGCGGCUCCCUGUAGCAUUUAGAUGCGAGCUGAGGGGCAGACAGACAGUCAGGCUUUACAUGAGAAGUGAACAAAGAGGAAGAAUUUAAACGGCAGCUCAACUCGGAAACAUGGAUUACUGGAGUGCCUUGGAGGUGUAUAAGGAGAUGCUGCUGCUGUACCUGGAGGAAGGCCGGCGGCAGAUCAACUCCCGCUGUUCCCACCUGGAGCCGUGGCAAAUCAUCGGAGCAUCUGUCCUCACCACGCUGGCAGUUCUCUGGCUCAAGGGAUUCCUCUUCCAGCGAGAAAGUCUCACUUCCAGAAUCAAGAAGCAAGUCUUUCGACUCGUCAGAAAAAUACCGUUUGUUGGUGACAAUAUUCAGAAGCAGCUGAACAAGGCUCUGGACGACAUGUCCCACAGUCUGUGUACGCUGAAGGAGGGGAUGAGUUACACUCAGCAGCUGCCCACUAAAGGGCUAACUCAGAGCCAAGUCAUGGAAAAAAUCAAAGAGUAUCAAACGCUGAAUGACGUACAGUGGGACAAAGGGUGUGUUUCCGGUGCCGUGUACUGGGGGGAUGAAACGCUGACCAAACUCCUGGUGAAGGUUUAUGGAGAUUUUGCGUGGAGCAACCCUCUCCACCCGGACAUCUUUCCUGGCGUCAGGAAGAUGGAAGCUGAGGUAGUCCGAAUGUCCUGCUCCCUGUUCAACGGUGGACCCAACUCCUGCGGAACUGUCACUUCUGGAGGAACUGAGAGCAUCCUGAUGGCCUGCAAAGCGUACAGAGACUUGGCUUAUGAGCGGGGUGUGACGUUCCCUGAAAUUCUAGCUCCAGUGAGCGUCCACGCAGCGUUCGACAAAGCAGCACAUUACUUUGGGAUGAAACUCGUCCACAUUCCUCUCGACCAGAAGACCAUGAAGGUCGACGUUAAGGCGAUGAGGAGAGCCAUCAGCAAAAACACAGCCAUGCUUGUCUGCUCGGCGCCCCAGUUCCCCCAUGGCAUCCUGGAUCCGGUUGAAGAAGUAGCCAAGCUGGCGGUGCGCUACGACAUCCCGCUGCAUGUGGAUGCCUGUUUGGGCGGGUUUCUCAUUGUUUUCAUGGAAAAAGCUGGUUACUCACUCGCCCCGUUUGACUUCAGAGUGAAGGGAGUUACCAGCAUCUCUGCAGACACCCACAAGUACGGCUACGCGCCCAAAGGCUCCUCUGUGAUCCUCUACAGCGAUAAAAAGUACCGUCAGUACCAGUACUUCGUGGCUCCAGACUGGCAGGGGGGAAUCUACGCCUCGCCGUCGGUGGCGGGCUCCAGGCCCGGAGGAAUCAUCGCCGCCUGCUGGGCCACCAUGAUGUACAUGGGAGAGAGCGGCUACGUGGACGCCACCAAGAAGAUCAUCGGCACGGCGCGCAAGAUCAGAAACGAGAUGAGAAAAAUAAAGGGAGUGUUUGUGUUUGGGAGCCCGGAGGUGUCCGUGGUGGCCAUCGGCUCCGAGGACUUCGACAUCUUCCGCCUUUCGAACGCGCUGACGUCGAAGGGCUGGAACCUGAACACGCUGCAGUUUCCGUCCAGCAUCCACCUCUGCUGCACGGUGCUGCACACCCAGCCUGGCGUCGCUGAUCGGUUCAUUCAGGAAGUUAAAGAGGAGGUCGCCAUCAUCAUGAAGAACCCCAGAGAGAAAACCACAGGAAUGGGGGCGAUCUACGGCAUGGCCCAGUCCAUCCCGGACCGGUCCCUGGUGACGGAGAUCUCCAGAGGGUUCCUGGACUGUCUCUACAGCACCGAGGUAUCGAAAUCCAACAUCAGCCACAUGAACGGCAACGGCAAAGCCCACUAAAUUUAACUCUCCACAUCCUUGAACCCGAUUUCAAGGUCAAUGCGCUCCUUGUUAAAUCGCUCAACGGUUGCCUUAUUAUUUAAAACUGCACUGAGAACGUCUGCAGAGCGUUUAGGAGAAGAAGAAGCCAUCAUCACUUAGCUGAACCCAGAGGGAAACUGGACUUUCCUGGGUUCACCAGAACCUUUAACUUGAUUUUAACAAUGGGAUUGAAUGUGUGUGUGUGUUAUUUUAUCUUUCAUUCAUUUCAGUGACAGUUUUUAUUUGUUAAUCUCGACAUGUUCUCCAACUGGUGCAUCUCAAGAAAUCAAAAAAGCAUCAUAAAAUUAACCUGUUGAUGAUUUCAGUGUUUAUUUCUGAUUUUUUUCUGUGAUUAUUUAUUCAAUCUUAUGAAAAUCUAAAAGCUUUCGUCUCAAGAUUAGAAUAUUACAUUCUAGGAAACUACUGCAUCAAUGCGGCAUGGCAUGGAGGGGAUUAGGAAGUAGCAGUCCUGAGAAAGCCCACAGUUUUUGCUUCCAGUUAACUUUCCAUUAACUUUGCUUGUAUGCAGCCCUGCUGAUAUUUUGAUGUUAUUGAACUUGUAUAAUAAUUUCUAAGAGACUUUUAUGUUUGGUUUUCAUUAGAUUUCUACUAUAAUCAUCAAAAUAAACACUUUAACAGUUGAAAUGGUGGAAAUUUCAGAAGUUUUUGAUAUUUUGAGAUGCACCUGUGUUUAAACCAUAGCAAAACAAUUCAGUUUUUUCUUCUAUUUUCAUUUUUAUUUUUACCUGAACAUUUCAGCUUCUUUCAGCAACGCCUCAAAACCACUGUUAGAGCUGCUGUGCUGCCCUCUAGCGUGAAAACGUGAGGACUGCAGCAAUAUUUCUGUCAGCGCCUCAACUUGCAGCAUUUAUUUCAUUUUGUCUUGUUGGUGCAAAGAGCUCUGCAGCACAGCGGCCUUUUAAAUCCAUCUUAGAUAGAAAGAAAGAGUACAUUUCUGCUAAAGAAAAUCUAAGAAAUUUCCUAGAAAAAACUUGAAAAUUUAAAAGUGUCUAAAAGUUGAACAUUUGUUAGAAAAG